GCGAAGCAAUGAGGGAGCGCGAAGCAAUCUUUUCACCGGUCUAUUCUCUGCGUUCUCUUGUAGUGAUCAAUUAGCCUACUAAAAAGCUGUCUUGAUAACCGUCACACAUACAUUAGUAUAUCCUCUGUCUGUAACGGACUAACGGCAGCGAGUGUUAAAAUGUCCAAAUCGAAAUGGAAACCUUUCGUUUUUGGCGGUCUGGCCUCUGUGACUGCAGAAUGCGGUACCUUUCCGAUCGAUUUGACCAAGACGCGACUGCAAGUCCAAGGCCAAGUGGGCGACAGCAAGUACACGGAGAUACGUUACCGGGGCAUGUUGCACGCUAUAAACAGAAUAUGCAGAGAGGAGGGAAUAAGGGCACUGUACUCAGGUCUAGCCCCUGCAAUGUUACGCCAGGCAUCGUACGGGACCAUAAAGAUUGGCACAUACCAGAGCUUCAAACGGCUACUUGUGGACAGACCAGAAGAUGAGACGUUAUUGACCAACGUCCUGUGUGGUGUUCUGUCUGGAGUCAUCUCCUCUUCUAUUGCCAACCCCACUGAUGUAUUGAAGAUCCGUAUGCAGGCUCAGGGCAGUGUGAUCCAGGGAAGCAUGAUGGGAAACUUCAUCAACAUUUACCAACAGGAGGGAACCCGGGGGCUCUGGAAGGGCGUGUCUCUGACCGCACAGAGAGCAGCCAUUGUGGUGGGGGUGGAGCUUCCUGCCUAUGAUCUCGCUAAGAAGCGCCUAAUUCUGGAUUGUAACAUGGGUGACAACAUUUACACACACUUCCUGUCCAGUUUUGCAUGUGGCCUGGCUGGGGCUCUAGCCUCUAACCCUAUAGACGUGGUCCGGACGCGCAUGAUGAACCAGAGACAUGGAUCUGUUACCUACAAGGGAACACUGGACUGCUUACUGCAGACGUUGCGGUCUGAAGGCGUCACAGCACUCUAUAAAGGCUUCUUUCCCAACUGGCUUCGUCUCGGCCCGUGGAACAUCAUUUUCUUCAUCACCUACGAACAGCUAAAGAAGAUGGAGGUCUGAUGUUCGAAAGGAUUCUUGAUGCUGUGAAGAAGAUGGAGGAACAUGAGAGGGGGGAAAUGGACCAAAAGAGGAGUGGAUUAGUCUGUCUAGCUAUCCUCUUCUCAUCUAGUGGUGGGUGUUAGCCAUGCACCCUCAAACACAUCCCAUUUCUUAUUGGCUGCUGCUGUGAGGGAGCUCACUGGUUGGCUGGGAAAGAGGAACGUAAAGUUGCACAAACAAAUCUCUAAGCACUUCUUGCAAGGAUAAUCUAAGACCAUUUUUGAACAAUGGCUGUCAUUAAGAAAGUAAUUGGAAAAACUAUAAUCUUAUCCUUGGUUCCACAUGCAGGACCUUCAUUUUAAAGAGCAGUCGUUGCUUAGUUCAGAUUGUGUCUGGUUAAGAUUUCAGGCUGAAUGCCGUAGUGCGUGUUCUCUGUUGGCCAGAAGAACUACCAAAGGUAGCCAUGAAAGUAAGACUUGAAAGUUUCUGUAGAAACAUAACUGUCCAUCAAUUGUGUGUGGCCUAACAUGCCAUUUAUGGCAAGGCCACUUCCUGAAGCUCUGUAUUGCUUUAUCUCUGGAAUGCUUGCGUAGUGUUAUUUCCGACGGUGGAAUACAUGCUGUAAUGUAUUUGAUACGCCACCUGGGGGCUAGUUACAGUAUAUUAUCAGAUUAAAGGUCAGAUUGCAGGUGCCAAAAACUCUCUCACGGACACUUAAACCCAGACGGGCAUUCCUGUUGUUAAUGCCAGGGUGAACUGGCUCAGAGUGUUCUGAAUCUCUUUCAUGCGGACACUUGAAGCCAUGUUGGGCUGGCACACCAUAUGGACGACACUCUGUUAGUGAGGACAGUGUGUACAGACUAGGCUAAUGUUAUAAAUACAGCCUGAUUGGAACCAUGUCCCGGUCUCACGUGUCAUGUCAGCACUCCUCAUCGCGCGCGCACCGAGCCAGCUCAAAUGUCUCAUCAGCAGAGCCCAUGUGUUCUAUUCCUUUUCAGGCUUGGUGUCCAUCCCACAUCAUUUCAUUUACCAGGGAACCUCUUGAGCUUCUGGAGAGCGCCGGCCCAUGCUCUAUGUACAAGACUGAUAUGUCCAGAGAGGCUGUUUGUGGUUAGGCUGUAUAUUUAGUCAUUGUGCCAGACUACCAGAGCAGAGGUGGGGUUCUAUGUGCUGAUGUUGCGCUUGGUGCGAACUUGUGCUAAAGUUGCCGUUUUAUGACACAGAACAAAUCGACCUUUCAUAUGUUCGUCCACUAUUGCCCUACGACCUUAAAUAUUAUUCAUGUUUCAACUGUCUUUUUAUCAGUUAUUUUGGUGGUGGGCUUGAUGAUUUUAUUCAAACCAGACAAUGGCUAAACCUCAGAUGGAAUUGAUUUGAGAAUAAUCUGUUUAUUUAUAAAAAGGCCUUAAUGUAAAUAUCUGUGUAAAUACUCUUGUUACUAUGUACCAUAAAUAUAUUGAUUAAAACGAAUGCUUGUA